CAAGAAUGUCUCCUUUGCUCUGGUGUUGGAUUCAGGAUUCAAGUGAUUUUGCCUGAUAAUGUUCUACUUGUUGAAGGAAGGUGGAAAAUAUUUGAUCUCUUCUCAAAACUCCCUCUUCCCUCUCAGAGAGUGUCAGGUUCCACAUAUGAGCCAUCUCAUAUGGUAUUUUUCUUUCUCUUUCUGGCUUACUUCACUUAGAAUGACAUUCUCCAGGAGCAUCCAUGUUGCUGCAAAUGGCAUUAUGUUGUCGGCCCACAAUGGACGCCCUGCAACUGGCAAAUUCAGCAUUUGCAGUUGACCUGUUCAAACAACUGUGUGAAAAGGAGCCAGCGGGCAAUGUUCUCUUCUCUCCAAUCUGUCUCUCCACGUCUCUGUCACUUGCCCAAGUAGGUGCCAAAGGUGACACGGCGAACGAAAUUGGUCAGGUCCUUCAUUUUGAAAAUGUCAAAGAUGUGCCCUUUGGAUUUCAGACAGUAACAUCGGAUGUCAACAAACUUAGUUCCUUUUACUCACUGAAAUUAAUCAAACGGCUGUAUGUGGACAAAUCUCUGAAUCCUUCCACAGAGUUCAUCAGCUCUACGAAGAGACCCUAUGGAAAGGAGAUGGAGACCGUUGAUUUCAAAGAUAAAUUGGAAGAAACAAAAAGUCAGAUCAACAACUCAGUUAAGGAACUCACAGACGGCCGCUUCGAGAACAUUUUAGCUGACAACAGCGUAAAUGACCAGACCAAAAUCCUUGUGGUUAAUGCUGCCUACUUUGUUGGAAAGUGGAUGAAGAAAUUUCCUGAAUCAGAAACCAAAGAAUGCCCUUUCAGAGUCAACAAGACGGACACCAAACCAGUGCAGAUGAUGAAUACGGAGGCCACGUUCUGUAUGGGCCACAUUGACGGUAUUAACUGUAAGGUCAUAGAGCUUCCCUUUCAAAACAAGCACCUCAGCAUGCUCAUCCUGCUGCCCAAGGAUGUGGAGGAUGGGUCCACAGGGCUGGAGCAGGUUGAAAAACAACUCAACUCAGAGACACUCUUGCAGUGGACCAACCCCAGCACCAUGGCCAAUGCCAAAGUCAAACUCUCCAUUCCAAAAUUUAAGGUGGAAAAGAUGAUUGAUCCCAAGGCUAGUCUGGAAAACCUAGGGCUGAAAACUAUCUUUAAUGAGGAUACAUCUGAUUUCUCUGGAAUGUCAGAGGCCAAGGGAGUGGCCCUCUCAAAUGUUAUUCACAGAGUGUGCUUAGAAAUAACUGAAGAUGGUGGGGAUUCCAUAGAGGUGCCAGGAUCACGAAUCCUACAACACAAGGAUGAAUUCAAUGCUGAUCACCCAUUUAUUUACAUCAUCAGGCACAACAAAACUCGAAACAUCAUUUUCUUGGGCAAGUUCUGUUCUCCUUAAGUGGCAGAGCCCAGGUUAAGCCAAACUCUGCAUCCAGAGAAUCACUUUCUAAAUAUGGUAAAUUGUUAAUAUUGCUGAAUCAAGGAACAGCUGGCACUCACACUAAUAGACACUCUUUCCAAUCCUUUUGUUGUUGUUCCCUCUCUUCCAACCCCAUAAAAGACAGUGCUUUUAACGAAAAUGAAUCACCUUAGAGGAAAAAUAUGUGUUCAUUAUCUGUCAGACUGUCUGGGGUUUGGGGCAGGAAUACAGUCUUCCACCAAGAAAAUUCCUAUAAGGAGGAUGUGGAGGAUUUUAUUCCCAAAGCUUUGCCUUCCUUCACUGGGAUACAGAACGUUCUAGACAUUCUCACUUCCCUGAAAGACUAAAGACACCAUGGUACGUGAGCUCCUCAGAACUUUUCCUGGCACCGGUGAAACUUGGGCACACGUUCAGGCUACUGUAGAAACACAGUUCCUUAAGCUAAACUCUGUGGGACAAAUAUUUUCUUCAAACUCUGAUUUUUUUUUUUUGAUUUUAGAAAGAUAAUAUUUUGCACAUACUGUAUGUUAUGGAACUCCACUGAUAGAGGCUGGAACGGCCCCCUGAAAGUCCACAUCUUAAUAUUUCUGCCACAAAAUGUACAAUAUUUGCAAGAAACAGAUGAGCAAAGAUGCUAAGUAGCCCGUAAGUGUCAGGCUUGGUUGUCAGGAGCGUGCCACCAGCUUAUGAGAAAACCUUUGUUUUCAGAACUUAUUGAAAUUUUGGAGUGUGGGACAGGGAAUUGCAGACUUCUAGUAGUUGACGGGCAGCACCUCAUGGGGAAGUUCAGCUCUUAUUAAAAAUUCACUUUCACUUUUGCUAGAAUGCCCACCUGGUCUUUUGGUUGGUGAGACAACUCUGGCACGGAAUUCUAACCGACUCACAAGCUUUUGGGUGUCUGACCACCAGGCAGUUAAAACGCACAGGGGCUUUCACAGUAGCCAAUAAAGGGAUUUUAUGAGUGUUGGAGAAACUGGUCUCUUUGUCUUCUGUGAUAGUGGGAAAGGGAAAGGAACUCAAAGCUGUUAGAAAAUGUAAUUAAAGUUCUUUAAGUGCU